UGCGAUGUUGGUUUUCGGUCAAGAAUUUAGUUGUUGAUUCUUUUCCCGAAGAACACGAAAACAUGGCCGCUUCUGCUAGAAUUCUAUCCCCUAUAUUGGCCUCUGUCCGGCCGCAAAAUGCCGGUGUCAGGUGGUGCUAUUCCUCUACCAGACAUCAAUUAAAGUUGACCAAAACUACCCGAGUCAUCUGCCAGGGAUUCACUGGUAAACAGGGAACUUUCCACAGCAGACAGGCCAUCGACUAUGGAACCAAUUUAGUAGGAGGUGUCUCACCGGGUAAAGGAGGAAAAGUACAUCUUGGUGUACCUGUUUUCAACACCGUUCUAGAGGCAAAAGAAGCAGUGCAACCAGAUGCCACAGUCAUCUAUGUGCCACCUCCUGGAGCAGCCAAUGCAAUCAUGGAGGCAAUGGAUGCUGAAAUUCCCCUGAUUGUCUGUAUUACUGAGGGAAUCCCACAGCAAGACAUGGUUAAAGUCAAGCAUCGUCUUGUUAGGCAGAGCAAGUCCCGCUUGAUUGGUCCAAACUGCCCUGGAAUCAUUGCUCCUGGCAAGUGCAAAAUUGGUAUUAUGCCUGGUCAUAUUCAUCAACAAGGAUGUGUCGGUAUUGUUUCACGCUCAGGCACUUUGACUUAUGAAGCCGUCCAUCAAACCACUCAGGUCGGUCUAGGUCAAACACUCUGUGUAGGCAUUGGCGGUGAUCCAUUCAAUGGUACCAAUUUCAUUGAUUGCUUGGAAGUCUUCCUCAACGACCCAGAAACCAAAGGCAUCAUUCUUAUCGGCGAGAUUGGUGGUGGAGCCGAAGAACGAGCUGCUGAAUAUUUGACCCAGUACAAUACGGGUGAUAAGCGGAAACCUGUUGUAUCAUUCAUUGCCGGCCUGACAGCCCCUCCAGGCCGACGUAUGGGUCACGCUGGUGCAAUCAUUUCGGGUGGCAAAGGCGGCGCCCAGGACAAGAUUAUGGCACUUGAAAAGGCUGGUGUUGUCGUCACACGGAGUCCAGCUCAGUUGGGUACGACACUGAUGAAGGAGAUGGUUGGCAAAGUUUGAAAAUCUAAGAGGCAACAAUAGAUGGUUUGAAUAUUAUAUAAAAGUUAGCAAUCUUUGUAAACUUAUAAAGAUUAGAGCAAACAAUUUCCCAUGGUUUGUACAAUGAUUGAAAAAUUUUCUAUUCCUGAUGAGAUGAGUUAAAAAAAUACAGAAGGGAUUUGAAAGAUCAAAA